GCCCAGCAUAUCUGCCGGCGCCUCCUGCGAUCUACGGAUUCUGCCGGCGCCUCCUGCUAUCUACGAAUUCUGCCGAAUUCACCCAAUUUGCCGAAUCUGCCGAAUCUACCAAAUGCUGCUGGAAUCCGCCGAUCCGGCCGAUCCUGCCAAUCGCUCACGUGCGUUCUAGCUGCCGAUCGCCCAGUGCGAACUGGCCGCCGCGCUUAUGGCCUGACCUGCACACAGCGCGCCAGCCGGCCUCACCAUUCCAUCCAUGGCCCAAGCUCACCUUUGUUCCUUCAAAAAGAACGCAUCCCCACAAUUCUCUGCCCUUUGAGCGAGACCAGCGAUAUAUCUAGACACGCACACCACCCGCUGCUGUGCCGCCUCCUGCUGAAUCUCGGUCCCCCACCGAAAACCCGGCUCUUCAAACCCACUAGAAACACGCUCCAGGAAACCACGAAAAACACCCGACAAUGUACGUGCAGUUGCCCUUUGACGAGUUCAAGGUGGACCCCAACAAGAAAAAGCGCGUGGCGUACUUUUACGACGCGGACGUCGGCAACUACGCGUACGGCGCUGGCCAUCCCAUGAAGCCCCACCGGAUAAGAAUGGCCCACUCGCUCAUCAUGAACUACGGGCUCUACAAAAAAAUGGAGAUCUACCGCGCCAAGCCGGCCACCAAGCAGGAGAUGUGCCAGUUCCACACGGACGAGUACAUCGACUUCUUGAGCCGGGUGCUGCCGGACAACCUCGACUUGUUUGCCAAGGAGCAGGUCAAAUUCAACGUCGGCGACGACUGCCCUGUUUUCGACGGGCUCUUCGAGUACUGCGGCAUUUCGGGCGGCGGGUCAAUGGAGGGCGCCGCGCGCCUCAACAGGGGCAAAUGCGACGUGGCAAUCAACUACGCGGGCGGCUUGCAUCACGCCAAGAAAUCAGAGGCCUCCGGCUUCUGCUACUUGAACGACAUAGUGUUGGGCAUCAUCGAGUUGUUGCGCUACCAUCCGCGCGUCUUGUACAUAGACAUCGACGUGCACCACGGCGACGGGGUGGAGGAGGCGUUCUACUCGACGGACCGCGUGAUGACCGCGUCGUUCCACAAGUACGGCGAGUUUAUCCCGGGCACAGGCGAGUUGCGCGACAUUGGCGUGGGAAAGGGCAAGCACUACGCGGUAAACGUGCCGUUGCGUGACGGCAUCGACGACGUGACCUACAAGUCCAUUUUCGAGCCGGUGAUCCUGAAGAUCAUGGAGUGGUACCAGCCCUCGGCAAUCGUGCUCCAGACAGGCGGCGACUCGUUGAGUGGCGACCGCUUGGGCUGCUUCAACCUCAGCAUGCGCGGGCACGCCAACUGCGUGAAUUUCGUGCGGCUGUUUGGCGUGCCGCUCAUGGUCGUUGGGGGCGGAGGCUACACCAUGAGAAACGUGUCGCGCACAUGGGCCUUCGAGUCCGGGUUGCUCAACAACGUGAUCUUGCCUCUGGAGUUGCCCUACAACGAGUACUACGAGUACUACGGCCCCGACUACAAGUUGGACGUGCGCCCGCUGAACAUGUACAACGCCAACGGGCCAGAGUUCUUGAACAAGAUCUUGACCAGCAUCAUCCACAACUUGGAAAACACCAAGUUCGCGCCUUCUGUGCAGAUGAACGAGGUGCCGCGCGACGCCGAGGACUUGGGCGACGAGGACGAGGACACGCCCAUGGCCAUCGACACCAAGGGCGGCUCUCAGUUUGCGCGCGACGAGCACGUCGAGCCGGAAAACGAGUUCUACGAGGAGGAGGAUACCAAUCCGGGCGACCGGCACAUCGGGCCCUCGGAAUCGCCCGAGAAGCGGGGGGCCGAGCCCGCUGUUGCGCCGGAAACAGAGCCUGUGAAGACAGCCGUCUCGCCCGGCUCUCCAGAGAAGCCUGUGGUCGAGAAGCCCGCGCUGCCGGCGGCUCCUUCCGUGGCAACUGCGGAGACGGAGACGGCCCCGAAGCCGGAGUUGACGGACGAGGAGAUGCAGGAGAUCGAUGAGUUGAACAAAGAGACACAGCUGUGAGCGUGGGUCGGACCGUGCACGUAAUUACAAGUUAAAUGAAACGAGUUUUUGAGAGCCUGGGGCGCAAUACAUGCCACCUGCGACUGUAGACGUGGUGAGCUGUGGAUCUGGAGAGCCAUGCGACUCUGUGGGCCAUGAGCUGGCACGGUUUUCAUAUGCUAAAUUUCGAUAACACACAAAGGUGUUGUGCUUUUAAAGCACCGCUUGGUUGGUCGAUCUGCAUUGGGGAACAGGCGCUGAAACAGCCCAUUGCUCCGUUCCUUAAACCGCUUGUCAUGUCCUGAAAGAAUAACAGGCUACUUGGAAGAAAUCCAGCUAAUUCUCCACAUGUGGGAGGAGUGACUUUUUUUACAGGCUAUAUACGUUUUUCCCGCAGAAUUCCGGCGGAACAGAUGAAGCCAGAUGGAAAUCGCCAAGAGUUCUGAUAUCUCAUUCCAUACUGAUUUAAUGCGACAUAUAGACCUCACAAAUACC